CCGGAAAAUAAAGAUUGCUUUGAUCGAUACCGGUGUAGACCUUUCUGAUCCCCUCAUACUGCCAGAGCAUGUCAAUGGAAGAAUCAAGGGGCAAAGCUGGGUUGGGUCUAACCCUAAUGAUUUCAGCGACUCCUGUGGCCAUGGCACGCAUCUUGUGCGAUUAGUUCUCCAGGUCAACAAGACAGCAGACAUCAUGGUGGCCAAGGUCUCGGAGGAUAAAGAGUUCAAGGAAGGAGAUUCACUGAAGAUAGCUCAGGCUAUCCGGUGGGCAGUCAAGGAGGAUGCAGACAUAAUCUCUCUCUCCUUGGGGUUCAAGAGAGACAUCCCCGUGAUUGAUGCUGAACUUGAAGACGCUAUCAAUCCAGAAGAAGGAAACGAAAACACUAGACCUAGGGUCGUCUUUGCUGCGGCAUCCAACUGGGGCUACAACUUCCCACUAGCAUUCCCGGCUUGCAAGUACGGCGUCUUUUGUGUUUAUUCUGUGAAUGGAUUUGGGUUUGAUGGAAAAUUCGCUCCGAAGUACUCCACGCACAACGAAGCAGACCCUGACAAGCUACCGCCCUUUGCGACCCUGGGAGUCGCCAUUGAAUCGGAAUGGAAAGGAGAGAAAGUGUGGCUGACCGGAACCUCAUAUGCGGCUCCAAUUGCCGCUGCAAUUGCGGGCAACAUAAUAGAGUUUGCGCGGCGGAACCUAAAUCUAGAUGACUAUAAGUGGAGGCAUAUUUCAUCUUUCAAAGGGAUGAGAGGCGUUCUUCAUCUCAUGUGUAUGAAAGGGGACAGUGAAGAUUUCACCUACCUGGCACCGUGGCAUCUUGCGCGGAAUGGGUAUAACACCAAGAAAGAUAUCGGCGACGCAAUCAAGCGCCGCAUUGGUUAUGCCUGA